CAUAGCCGGAGCCUCGCCACCACACCCAGAGCGCAGCGCUGAGACCAUUGGUUUCCAGUUCGCCUCCGCCAGUGGAGGCAUCGCCUGCCCCCUCUAAGAGUUAUUUCCGAAUCCAGACCUGCUCGUCCUGUACCGGCGCGCCCACCGAGCCUCGAUCCUGCCUGCGACCCGAACGGCUCUGAAAUGGGGAACGGCGGACCGUCAGCACUCCUCUCGCUUAUCGGUGUCAUGCUGCUCUGGCCGUAUGUACUUACCAAGAGUGUCUCAUCCAGACUGCAAACUGCAGACGGCGCCUCUUUCUCUGCAGGGCGGGCGGAAGAGCGCCCUCGUGUGGUGAAGCGGUCGACACAGAGCUGCGACGGCACAUUUGACAGCUACUGCCUGAACAAUGGCCAGUGCAUGCUUCUGGUGGACAUCAACGAGCACCACUGCAAGUGUGAGAGGGGCUUUUAUGGCCCCAGGUGUGCCAACGCCGAGCUCGUCAUACAGCCAAUGGCAAAAGAACACAUAAUUGUCACCGUUUUCUGUGUGAGUCUGCUGAUUAUUGGUCUGGCCGGAGCGCUGUACUUCUGCUGCAAAUGGUGUAAGAAAAACCGAUUCCCACGUCAGCAGAAGCAGCAGGUAUCCAAAGGAGUCCAGGCUGUUUACAGUGUUACAUACAUGCCCACUGCAUCUGCAGAAAAGGCAAACCAGGAUUGUUCCCCAGUUUUCUAACCGAAACUUUCAACAUACGUGAUACGCUACAUUAAUCUGCACUCAGUGGCCGCUUUACUGUACCGCUGUACUGUACGUCACAUGGCGUUGGAUCACUUUAUCAAGCAGGCAGAUUGGCACAAAGAGUUGAGGUACAGCCGUUGUUUCAAGCCGCACUGGUAAUAAUGUUUCAACACCUUCUACCCUCAUGUAUGAAAAGAUGAAAAGUGAGACACACAAAAACAGUUUCAACCCAUAGUGAGGGUGGGUCGUGGAAAAUUAAUGGGAAAUAAACAAAGAGGGCAAAGAGUGGACCAUUGCCACUGUUGAACAUUUCUGAUCCCUUGUAUGAGCCAUGCUUUCAGAAAUUCAGGUCCAGAUUUUGCUGAGCUUAGCUGACAAAGACCGAUCAUCAUCAUCAUAUUAUCAUGCUUUAGUUUCUUCAGGUUACAGUCUCUCUCUUGCCAGUUAAUGUGAGAUCUGAUUUCAGGAUUUCAGAGAGCUCACCUCUACGAUUAGCGAGGUUGUGGAUCUUGUAAAGUCUUUUAAAUUUGCUUCAGAGACAGAAAAGUAUAACUGUUUUAAAAUAAAACGGAUCAAGUCUUCACCAUCUAGCUGCCUUCUCUCUUCUGAAUUACUUGCCAAAGUAAAGAUUUACACGUUUUUAAGUUACAUCUACUAUUUCUGCCAGGUUUAGCUUUUAUUUAUUGUUGCUUUUUUGCCCUCUUUUAGCUAUGACAGAUAUUAUUAUUACUGCCAUUAAACUGGCCACUGAGUGUAACAGUUCUGUGUUUUAUUAUUUUAAGCUUUGUUUAGUCAGAAAGUAUUCUCAUUUUGGUAAUUUAUUAUAAAGUAUUAAUGUAUAAACUGGAAUAUUGUCUGUUUUGGAAGCUCUGUC